AUGAAACUAUUACCUGAAGGACAAUUAAGACUUUGUUUUGUUCAACCAAUACACUUUAUGGCAUGGCUGCUCAUGCUUUUUGUUCUGAAGUCUAUCUCUUCUCUAAAACCUGCUCGACUUCCAAUUUAUCAAAGAAAACCUUUCAUUGCAGCUUGGAAUGCUCCAACAGAUCAAUGCUUGAUCAAAUAUAAUUUAAGUUUGAACUUGAAAAUGUUUCAAGUAAUUGGAAGUCCACUGGCCAAUGCCAGAGGCCAAAAUGUCACUAUAUUUUAUGUCAACAGAUUAGGAUAUUAUCCGUGGUAUACAUCACAAGGGAUUCCCAUUAAUGGAGGUCUCCCCCAAAAUAUAAGCUUACAAGUCCAUCUGGAAAAAGCUGAUCAAGACAUUAAGCAUUACAUUCCUACUGAAGAUUUCAGUGGACUAGCAGUCAUUGACUGGGAAUACUGGCGUCCGCAGUGGGCCAGGAACUGGAACAUGAAAGAUGUCUACAGACAGAAAUCAAGGAAGCUCAUUGCUGAUAUGCAAGAGAAUUUAUCAGCUACUGAUAUGGAAUACUUAGCUAGAGCAACCUUUGAAAAAAGUGCUAAGGCUUUCAUGAAGGAAACUAUUGAAAUGGGAAUUAAGAGUCGUCCUAAGGGUCUUUGGGGUUAUUAUUUAUAUCCAGAUUGCCACAAUUACAAUGUUUAUGCUCCCAAUUAUACUGGAUCAUGCCCAGAAGAGGAAGUUUUGAGGAACAAUGAGCUAUCUUGGCUUUGGAACAGCAGUACUGCGUUAUAUCCGUCUAUUGGUGUCAAGAGAUCCUUUGGAGACAGUGAGACUAUUUUGCGAUUCUCAAAAUUUCGGGUACACGAAUCCCUGAGAAUUUCUACCAUGACAUCCCAUGAAUAUGCCCUGCCUGUAUUUGUUUACACAAGGCUGGGAUACAGAGAAGAACCUUUAUUUUUUCUUUCUAAGCAAGAUCUAAUUAGUACCAUAGGAGAAAGUGCUGCCCUGGGAGCUGCAGGCAUUGUAAUUUGGGGAGAUAUGAACUUAACAUCCUCUGAGGCCAACUGUACAAAAGUGAAGCGCUUUGUGAGUUCUGAUUUGGGGAGUUACAUAGUCAAUGUGACCAGAGCGGCUGAGGUAUGCAGUGUUCACCUAUGCAGGAAUAAUGGGAGGUGCAUACGGAAGGUGUGGGAAGCCCCAGAUUACCUCCACCUGAACUCUGCAAGCUACUAUAUAGAUGCCUCUGAGGAUGGGGACUUUAUUGUGAAUGGAAGAGCCUCUGAGGGAGACCUGGCAGUGAUGGCAGAGAAAUUUUCCUGUCAUUGUUACCUGGGAUAUGGAGGGCCUGAUUGCAGAGAAACAAAGGAGGCUGAUGGCUGCUCUGGGCCUUUAUCUUUCUCUGGCUCACUAAUAACAACUUGUGUACUACUUUUAACUGGUUAUUGCAACAUACACUUGUGA